CCCGGUCCAGCGGCGGCUCCGCCCCGCCUCAGGCGCCUGGUGAAAGAAGCUGCCCCAUCACGCGCCUGCGCCAGGAUCACGGCAGUUCCCUCGCCACAAGUGCUCGCGCCUAAAAGAAGAUAAAAUAAUUGUUCCGGUAGAAGGGCGUGGCUGAUGCGGUGCCUUUCAGUGGACUAAGUCGCUCUCCGCCAGUUGCUUUCAAUGCUCAGCCUCUGCAAAGAGCGCUUUUUGCUGUCUUUUCUGUUGCUACUAGUCAGGCAGCAUGGGACGUCGCUCGUAAGGAAGCGAAGGCGAGCUGGGUCCUUGCUAAGGCGGUGGCGCGCUGUAUGACGUCACCGGAGCGCCGCACACGCACCGCGCUCGGGGCCGGCCGGAGGCGGGGGCACGAUGAUGCCCGGGGAGACGCCGCCGGCGCCGGUCGGGACCGCGGCCGCCGGCGGGGCCUGCGCCAACUGCGGCGUUCUCCAGCAGAAUAUAAAUGAAUAUGUAGCUGCAUUAAUUGCACUGAAGCAAAAAAUGAUUGAUGGAGAUCGUUUGCUGACAGAGUAUCAACAGAAAUGCUCUGAGCUUCAAUUUGCUGAACGAGAGAUCUCUGCUCUUCGUUGCCAAGUGGAGAAGAUGUUAGAAAAAAUUCUGCCUCUGGAAAAGUGCCAGGAAGAGUUGGGUUCCUUGAAGGCAGAGUUGGAAGAAAAAAAGAGUUCUCUCAAGAUUUAUCGGGAGAGUCAACUGGAAUGUAUAAAAAUUAAAGAAGAAAUAUUAAACAGUGAUGCUGUGAGAAGGAAACUGGAAACAAAAGUGAAAAAACUUGAAGAAGCUGCAACAAAGCAUACAAAGGACUUCAGAGAACUGAAAACUGAAAAGAAAAGGCUUGAAAAGGAGCUUAAAAAAGCACAAGGAAAGCUUGAUGGUGUAAUUAAAGAAAAGUACAGAAAAUUUAAACAUGCAGAAACUCAGAGUUCAGGUGAAGGUCUUGCAACAGAUAUAGACAAAGGAAGAGUGAAACUCUUACUAGAAGAACUCUGGAUGUGCAUUGACAGUGCAACAGGAAAAAGAGAGAAUAAGAAAAAUGAUCCUGUCUUAGCUUCUGUUUGGGAUAAAGAAUGGUCUGACAAAAGAAGACUAACUGUUACAGAAGACACUGUACAAAUCCACCAAAAGAUCAGGAAGUGUGAUGGCAAAACACUACCUUGGUGUUCUUCAGAGGAAAAUGCUGUAAAGCAAAAUUCUGUAACAGCAAUGAUAAUUCAAACAAGUACUGAGACUUUUGGAGAUGAUUGUACUGAGGAUGGGGCUACUGAAGAAGAUGUGCACAGUGAUGAGGAUAAAACUGUAGAGGUCGGCAUACAGACAGGCAGCACUUCAGACUUCUCUGAUCAGGAGCAGGGAGACCUAGGUGGAAAUGUGAUGGAUAUAUUGAAUUGGGCCAGACCUCUACCUGCUCUACUUUCUCCAGUACAGCUUUCACCACUGACUACACAGGAUAUGUUGUUGGGAGAAGUCACAGAUUCCAGUUUUGAAGAAGACGAAUGCAGUACUUCUGCAGUGGAGGAUAUUUUACAAGAAGACCAAGUUCAGUCUCCAAGUUAUAAUGUAAUCAGCCCUGGUGAUGAGUGUAACAGACAGUCCAAAUCAUGUGAGCAUGAUUUUGCUGCAGAAAUCUCACUUAAUCUGAGUUGGAAUGAAAAGAGCAUUCAUAUCAGUCCAAAGAUGUCAAGCAAGGAGGAGAGAGAUGCUGAAAGAAAGCAAGCUGAAGGUGCUACUCUAAUUACAAACAUGGAAACUAACAAAGAUUGUUUGGAGGAGAAUUCUGAGGAUAUGGAAACUGAGAACAGAGAGCUAACUGGAGCAACAGCACAUGAAUCAGAAGACAUGGAAGAACAGAAAGGAGAUGGUGAGGACAUGGACAGUGAAGAGGGAGAUUCUUCUGCAGAUUUUAUGUUACAAAGUUUCAAGCCUCAGAAUCAGAUAGAAAAAAGUAGUGUGGUAGAGCAAACAGAGGAGAAUGUAACCUUAAUUACGGCUGUUGAUAAUGAGGGUACACAUGGAAAAUAUGGUGAAUUAGUGAAUGCAGAAAGAGAGAAAUUAGUAGCACAGAGAGAAACUCCAAUAGAGGCAUCUGUUCUGCAAAGUGUUACCUCUUUGCUAUCUGAGGAAUGCAUUGUGCUUCAAAGAGAAGAUGCUGAGGAAAAAUCUGAUGUGUUGAUAGAAAAUGAAGUGGUUGAAAAUAAAUCAAAAAAUGUAAUCAAAUUAACUAAUGUGGCUGGAGCUAUUGAGAUCUCUGCACAAUCUCAGUGCUCUGAAAUAAAAUAUGACAGUGAAGAGAUUCUGGAGAAACAACAUAUGCAAACAAAAGACGAAGUGAACAGAGAAUGUGAACAAGAGACUGUUAAAGUCUCUAGCCAUUACUUACCUGUAUCUGGUGCUGAAGAAAUCAGAACCUUAUUUUCAGUCUUUCCAAAAGAUGAACAGCUCAAAAUUGAAGAUGUUAAUAUAACCAGAGCUCCAACUAUUGAACUAGCUAUGAAAUUUAACAGAGAAAGUGUUCUAGAAGUAGCUGAAUUGUCAGAGCUACUCCAUAGUGCAGAAAAUGUAAAAUCAGUAGAUGUAAAGGAGGGGGUAUAUUUACAAAGCAAACCACAUAAUGAGGAAGAUGGUAGUAAUUUAUCUCAACGGACUCAAAGAAACUUGGAAAAUAUACUUGCACUUACAAAGACAGGACACAUUAUUGGUGCAGAAAGCAGUGUAGCUAAGUGUGAAUCCUCUGUGUUAGAUUUUACAGAAGAGAAAGGUGAAAUAAAACAAUCUGAAAACUUACAUAAUACAUUAGAAUGUGGGCAAUCCAAACCUCAAAACUUUAGAGUGUUUGAAUCUCUAGAGACUGAAGUCAAAGUUAAUCCAGAAGAUUGCGGAGGGGAAAGCAGUGAGUUGUUAGCAAGAGGGGGUACUAUUGAAUCUGUCUUACAAAGUAAUCCUACUUCUCAGGAACAGCUUGAAAAACCUCUGACUCAGCUCUUGAAAACUGAAAAUGUUAAAUGUGAUGAAAUAGAAAGGAAAUUAAAUAAACAAAGCAAGGAAUUGGUGACUGAGACUUGUUCCAGUUCACUAAAGUGGGAAAAGAAUGUUGUGAAGAAAAAUAAUAUUUCAGAGAUCAUUUGCCAGCCUACUUCAGAAAUGGAUGAUGGAAGUGGUUUGGCUUUUUCUACUCAAAAAGACUUGGAAAAAUGCUGCAUAAAUAAUGAGGAAACUAAUUCUCCUGUGCAAGUGGGAAUUGUCUUGGAAUCCACAAGACCCCCUGAUACAAAUUUCAGUCUUCAGAAAGUUGUUGGUUUUGUCAAAACUAAUUUCACAGGAAAGACUGCUGUUUCCUGUACUCAGGAAAACAAGGGACAUACAAAUUCUGUUAUGAAUGGUACAUUUACCUGUUCUUCAGAAAACUUAGAAGAGGGUGCUGAGAUUCUGUCUGUUGGAAAAGUCAACAUGGCCAAAGAACUGGGCUGCCCUGAGAGAGAAUGCGUACACAAAAAUGAAAUGAAAACUUCAGAUAAGGAGCAGCCAGUAGAUAAAGAACCUCAGGCAUCUACUAAAUCACAGAUCAUGUAUGCAAACUCUUACAAGAAUGCUCUUCUCCUCCAAAAGUUAGAUUGCCAAGAAUCAGGAUGCAGGACUUAUACAUCGAGAGUUAGAACAGAUCCUUCUGUAACUGGUUCACUAACAGGUGGGGGAGAAAGUAAAGAACUGAAUAGUUUUGAGGGUUCUGGGGAAAAUGCCAUAAUAAAGUGUAAAAGUGAUUUUGACAUGUCAGAGCAGAACAAUGACUGUGAAGAGAAAGAUUGUUCUAUAGAAAAAGUUAAGUAUGUGAAGUGUUCUGAAUGUGUUCCAAUGUUCAGAAACAAACUGAGAGCUUCCAGGAGAAUUGCAGUGGAUGCUCUGGAAACUGGCGCAAUUGUUGAUGCUGAUUACCAAGUAUGUGAGCUUCAUUCAAUGAUGCAUCCAGGAAAUACUUUCACAGUUAGUCACCUAAAAGCAGGCACUGUAGUGGAUAUGAAUACACACUGUGAACCAAACAGCUCUGGAGAUACUGCAGAUGAGUGGUCAAGUGUGACUGGGGAGGGUUAUCCUGAAGACUCGGCCUCUUGGAAAAGGGAAUGUAUAUUAAUAACCUCUGAAAAUACUGAGAGUACUAAUGAGCUCAUGCUGGAGUCUAACAUAGCUGGAUGCAUUAGUCACAGUGAGGAAAGUCUCUUAAAAUCUGGGAUAUCAAAAGAAAGCCCUGUGAUGCCAAAUGCUUCAAAAAAUAGGUUACCACUAUGCAAAAUGUUAAAUGGAUUCUCAGAAAAUUGCAGGCUGGCUGUAAAAAACAGUAAAUUAAAUACAAGAAUGUUAGCACUUGACAGUUUCUUAGAAGAAAAUGAUUCUGAAAAGCUACAGUCAAAUGGGGAACAAAGUCUGUUACACCGUGUUGAUGUGGGGGUCUCAGUGAUUGAAGAAUAUAAUAAUAAUCAAAUUUGCAGUGCUUGCAACACAGGAGAAAGCAGCACUGAUGUUAUCAGAGAUAGUGACAGAAAAAAAAAUUCACUCAAGUAUCUUCCAAAUCCAGAUGUAAGGUGCAGUUGUCAAACAGUUGGGCAGCUUUCUGAACCACAACGGACGGUAUUUGAGAAGUUACAUAUGGUGGAAUCAGAGUCUUGUGCUCUCAAAAAGAGCAAUAAAUUGAGGUGUAAAGAGCAAGAACCAUCUGAAAUCUUGACUGUUUCUACCAAGACAGCUGCCCAAGUAAUGCAUACCAAGCUAUCAAAGAGACUGUUUCAAGGUAAAAGAAAAACAAAGACUCUUAAAGUUACUCAGCCAGUUCUUGCAAAUGCUAGUACUUCUGUGGCAACAAAAUGCUCAUCUGAGAUGAUAAAUAAAAUCAGGGAAGAGAUAGGUCCUCCUCUGCCCCCCUUGCUACUGCCUCUGAUUGCUACUCCUCCAAAAACUUCCUGUACUGUGUCCCCAGUAACAUCUUCUACAGAUCAAUCCUCUUUGCUUUCUCCUCUUGAUGACCUGAUAUCCCCACUACGCAAAACUCCUCUUCUUCCUCUCGUGUCUCCAUUAGCAGAUACUCCAAAAGUAAAAUCUGCUCUUUUUUCUCCUCCCUCACCCUCAGAAAUGGCAGUAGGUAGAAGGAUUUGCUCCUCACCUUUGAAAUUUUGUACUUCCAUUCCAAAGCAUGCACUUCCCGUUCCAGGAAGAUUUCCUCUCUUGGCAGCAGUUAGUGCUGGUCCAGGUGCUCCUCAGGAGAACUCUGUAAAAAUAUUGGACACUAUGUAUCCAGAGCUGUCUGCAAGGGCAAGGACACUAAACAUUCUGAAAGGCAAUAUUCAGCUUAACCGAUGCGCUUUUCCAGACAGCCAAAGUUUGCCAGGACCUGUAUCUCAAACAGGUGGAUUCAAAGCCAUUGCAUCUACAUCAACUGCUUUUGUUAAAGCUGGGAGCAAUAUGAAAUCUGAUAGUAGCAAAGAUGAAGACAAAGAUAUGCAAAAUCAGCAAUUGUUUUCAAGAUCAUCAAAUCGCCUUGAAAAAAGGACACUAUUGCAGGUAUCUAUGCCAAGAAGUGCCAAAAGACUGAGGCUGGACAGUGAACCGCCAAGGAUGGAGCCCAGUGAUACUACAGCUGUCAGAAAUACUAAAAAUACCAUUUCUGAAAUGCAGGAGGCUUUCCAUGGUAAAAGCUGUGAAAUCAGUGAUUCAUCACACAGCUCCAAUUUAGAAGAAUCACUACCAAUAAAGAAGGAUCCUGACUGCCAGAAAGUUUCUUUGGCAUUAAAGAAAGUUGCUGAAUCCUGUUUUGACUUGUUACCAGUUAUUAAAGGUCAUGUGUAUGUUGGUAGUAUCUCAAAGAUUCCAGUAAUGAGAGAUGAAGAGAGAGAAGUUGUCUAUGAAUUUGGUAUAAAAAAUAAGCAUUUAGCAGAGUCUUUGCUGCAUGUUAUUCUCAAAAAGCUGAAGGCUCAGAAGAAUGCCACGAAUUACAAUUUCAGUCAGGCUCUUUGUCGAGUCUAUGCAGGAAUUUGUCGACAGUUGGGAGAUUUGGAAAGAGCCCGUCUUUUCUGCUAUAGCCUACUUAAAGAAGACUUUCCAGACUCAGAGAAAUUGAUUUUAUUUAUCACCAAUGUAUGGUCUGACAUAUUUGUCUUCCAAGGUGCAAUUAACAAAGCUAUGCAAUUAGUUGUCAGACAGAGUGCAAGCAAUGAGAUGCUGGCCUGUUUAAGUGCUUAUCUCAACUGGGACCAGAGUUCAUCUUUAGAUGCUGGUGUUAUGAUCUCAAACCUGCUUUCAGAAAUGCAGUCAUGUACAAAAGUAGAAUUUCACUUGAGUGAGCAGUAUGGAGAAGAUCUCAGUGAAGACGCUUGGCAGUAUAUAUUUGCUCUUGAUCUACUCUGCUCUCACAUGAAGUGGGAGUGGACACAUGAUAAUGUUAUAAGCAAAGUACUUUGGCCUUCUAUGGAUAACUGGAUAAAGAAGAUAAAGGGGCAUGAAACAGUUCAAUCCAUUAGUGAUAGUGUUAUAGCAUUGACACUCAGGCUAAUUGGUCGAUUAGGACAAAUAGGUUUGAAGGAAGGCUAUCUUGCUGCAGUGAAGAAUGUUAGUUCAGUAAUUGGACUGUUUGUACAGCAUGCGAAAGAGGAAGGUGUUCCCUGGGGUGUGCAGCUGGCAGCCGUAUAUUCACUAUGUGACUUGGGUUCAAGCAAUCCAGAAGGUAUUGUUGAGGCCAUCCAUGCUUGGAGAGCAAACGUUCUUAACAACAUCCCUCCUGCUAUCACAAAUGGCAUAGCUGAAAUCACUUCUCUGUGUGAAAUGGAGCUAAACUAAAAUGUAGGGAAGUGGACUGACUAAAGGAAGAAGUGCCUUACCAAUUAAGCAGUAGUUGGUUCCAGUUAAAAACCAUACAAAGCGUAUAUCUUCUUGUAUUUCAUGUUUUUAAUCAAAAUGUCUGAUCAUGCAAGACAAGGUCAAGUAUUUUAUUUGGCUUUUCUGUUUGAAGCAAGAUUUUUUAAAAAAAUAAACAAAAAUACUUGCUUUUCCUAGUAGCUGAUUAGUGAUCUGAAAAGGAGUGCAUCUUGAACUCCUGAGAUAUUUUUGGUUUGAGGAAAAUAAAAUCAGUUAACAGUUUUCAUUCUUUCACCUACAUCAGUUUGGAGUAUGGACGAUUUGACAGAAUAUUCAGUGUAACUUGAAAACCUGGCUCUAUUAUUUUGUACUAUUUUUAUAAAGUAACCAUUCAGAUAGCAGAACAUUCUUCAGAUUCUGCUUUAUUUUGCUUGAAUUGUCUCAAACUUAAUUUAAAAUACUUGUGGAAAACAGGAAGGAAUUGACUUUUUGUGUAGCCAUCAUGUAUGGAGUAACAGAGGUAAUAAAUCUCUGAACUUGUAUAUAUGGUUUAUUCUGAUGUGUCUCACAUUUGAUAUUGUUCCACUUGGGGAAUUUUGUGUAUGUAAAUAGAGAGUCAGUUCAAAAAAAGUUUAUGUUAUUAAUUAUAGCUUCACUACACUCUGUUUUUGUAUCUUUCAUAAUAAAAGAGACAAACACCA